CUUGACAGCUUGGUGAACGCGGGUCUCCGCCCGUGGCUUCUUUGUUAUAGGAAGCCUAUUGUGGCCUUUUACGAAAAUGACAGAAUCAGUAAGUCAAACUUAUCGUCUUUUCAGAAAGUGUUCUCACAGUUUAUUAUUGUCACAAUAGAGCCGGAUAAUCGCCCCUGUCACCCACAGGGGUGCAUUCGAUGCGUUCUCAAGCCAUCCCCUGUCUGCUGCUCGCUCUGCUCUCCCACCCAUCCUCUCUUUGCUGUCCUCCCUAGCCCCUCCAACCAGUCCUCGUCCGCGCCGACCGCAUCCUCCGCCCGCGCUUCCAAGGUCCCCAGCGCUCCCAUGGACCCUCAAGAUGUCCAGCUGCAGGCCGCCCUCCACGCCUUCCGACGGGAGCAGACCAUUAAGGUCUAUGGGCAGCGUCGGCUGAACAGCAAUGGCCCGGGGGCCAUUAUGGGCGACGAGGUCCUCAGGCGCGUCGUCGACUGCGCUCGCGUCCACAAGCUGGGUACCGUCGAGGCGCUAGCGCGAGAGACCAAGUGGAGCCGCGCUCACGAGCUUGGAGAUGAGGUGCUGAGGAUUGUUCAUCGGUAA